CCUUUCCUUCCGUGCAUCAACCGAUGGUCAACUUGAACUAGUCUAAAAUUUCAUUGCCAACCGGCUGUCGUCUGCCCACCAGUUUUGUUGCCACAGUCCUGUUUGGACUUGGGCACAUUUCAUAGCAUUCUUUAGAAACACUGCAAACUGUUGCUGUACCCAAGUACUGACGAAAAAACCUCACCAGACUUUUGACUAGCUGGAUUUUGGAACUCGCACAAAAGUCAAGAUGCAAAACCUCAGCCUUCUUUUUGUAUUAGUGUCUUCUUUGGUCUUUCACGGGUUAGUUACGGGCCACUCCGAUUCGGAAUCGUCGGAAGAGGAUGAUGAACACGAGGCCACUCCAUUUGGCUACCUUGUAGUAUCACCGAAAGUCUUAUUCUCUGGGAAGAAUGCAUCUAUCUGUGUUACAAUCAGUGGCUCAUCUGAGCCUGUGGAUGUCACAUUAAGAUUCAUGGAGGACAAUGUGACCCAGAUUGCCGCCUUUCCUCUGUUCAGUGUUGAGUUCAGCACAGCCUGCUCAACGAUUCAGGUCCCGACUUUUGAUGAAUCUCGCAAGAAUGUGAUCCUCAAUGUGCAGAUGAAGCGAUUUGCAUCAAUGGAGACUGAGUUGAUGGAUGAGAAGACAGUCACUAUAAUCAAGAAGGGCUCAGAGACUUUCAUUCAGACUGAUAAACCUAUCUACAAACCAGGCCAAUCAGUGAUGUUUCGAGUUCUCACAUUGGAUGAAAACUUAAAGCCAGAUACAACACCUAUUUCUCAAAUCUGGGUUGAGACCCCCUCAAAUAUCCGUGUUGCCCAGUGGCUAGAUGAGGUGGGAGAGGAGGGCCUUGUAGACCUCAUGGUCCCCAUGAGUGCCAACCCACCUCUUGGAGAGUGGAAAAUUGUGGUCAUACGUGGCAAGGAAAGGACUGAGCGAACAUUUAAAGUAAACAAAUACGUACUUCCCAAGUUUGAGAUUGUUGCAACCAUGCCCCCCUUCAUUUUGAUUAAUGCUAAGGAGUUUGAUGUCCGCAUAUGUGCAAGGUAUACCUAUGGUCACCCAGUGAGAGGUGCAUUCAGUGCAGACAUAACAAUUGAACAAUAUCAAAGCUGGUACAGCUACUACACAAGGGAGAGACCAGUGCUCAGAUUUGAAUCUGCUGAUACGGGUGACUCUGGUUGUGGCACGGUCACAGUCAGUGGGGAAGAGCUUUAUCUGAACUCCAGUGACUUUUCCAUCUGGAGCAGUCAACUCAAAGUGGAUGUUAAUUUCACUGAAGAAGCUACAGGGGUGACUCUCUCCGAGACCAUUCUGAGCAAGAAAGGUUUGAUCACCACAGAUCCAUUGGUUCUGGCUUUUGAUGGACCAUCAACCUUUAAACCUGGGAUGCCAUUCAAUGUUGCUCUGUCAGUGAAGUAUCCGGAUGGCACACCAGCAUCAGGUCAAGAAGUAACAGUUACAGCCAGGACAGGUUAUACUAAAGAGAUCUUCAACCAGAUUUACACAUCGCCUGAAGAUGGCUUGAUCGAUGUGGCUCUUGGAGAUUUGGACAUCAACAUUACCUCUCUGGACAUCUUUGCCGUUGCAAAUGGCUUCAAGAACUAUAAUUCAUCUGAUACAGGUUACAACUAUCUGUACAUCUACGACCCGAUUGCCUCACUCUUUACUGAGGCUAGCUACUCCCCGAGUGGAAGCUUUGUGCAGGUUGAACCUGUUGAUGAGAAGCUUAGGCCAGGCACUGAGCAAGAGAUCACAAUUCGCUACACAGCAGACACCGAGGAUGAUGAAGCUAUUGACUGGUACUUUGUGUUUAUGUCACGAGGUGAAAUUUUGCGGGUUCCUGUGGGUAAUGUUGAAGAAAAUGUAGCACGACGGAAAAGAGAGAGUGAGCCAUAUUUUAUUGAUGACAUCUUUGGUCCUGACCCCCCAGAGACUGUGAAUAUCACCACCCCUGGGCAGCUGCAGUCUAUUCAAAAGAUAUUCAGAGUGUCAGCAGAUAUGUCACCUAUAACCAGGCUACUAGUAUAUUACAUUCGUGCAGACCAAGAGGUUGUUGCUGACAGUGUAACAUUUGACGUCCUACCCGUGUUUGAGAACGAGGUGACCAUUGCCUUUACAAGUGAUGAGAAGACCCCAGGAGGCAAGGCAACUCUCAAGCUCUCUGCUGCAGAGGGCUCUCUGUGCUCAGUAGGUAUUGUCGAUAAGAGUGUGUACGUCUUAGAAGACCCUGAGACCAUCACCAAAGAUAAAGUUUUUGAUAAAAUACGGGAGACUGAUCAGCGUUACAACAACUAUUGGACUCCCAAUCAGAGCAAUCAUUGUCCAAAUGAGUACCCCUAUUGGUGGUAUGGUGGUGAUGGUCUCGAUAGACGUCGCCGUAAGAGGACCAGUGUCCCAUACUUUGGUGGGGGAAGCGUGUAUGACGAUUCAUCAAAGGCUUUUAAGGAUAUGGGAUUACUCUUCCUUACCAAUCUCAAGGUGGAAACUCGGCCUUGUAACACUGGUCAACACCCAGUGGCACUACCUUAUUACUCUGAAGCUGGUGGGGCUGGUGGUUUAGAUGAUGUAGGUUUUGGGGGAGGUGCUGAGCAAGAUUUGGCGGCUUCAGUAAGAAGUAUCUUCCCGGAAACCUGGCUAUGGAAGCUUGUCAGAAUAGGUGAAAGUGGAGAAGGUGAGAUUGACCUUGAUGUGCCACACACCAUCACAGACUGGAAGAGCAAUGGAUUCUGCACCUCCACACAGUCUGGUUUUGGUAUUUCAGAAACCAGCACCCUACGCGCCUUCCAGCCAUUCUUUGUCUCCUUGACUCUCCCUUAUUCUAUCAUCCGUGGUGAAGAGGUCCCAAUUAAAGCUACUGUGUUCAACUACUUGUCUGAGGAGUGCCUUGUGGUAAGGGUUACAUUGCUUGAAUCAUCAAAGAUAGGCGUUGCUGGGAACACCCUUACACACUCUGUGUGUGUCUGUGCUGGAAAAUCUGAGACUAUUGAGUUUGAGGUUAUGGGAAAAGCUGUUGGAGAGGCUGAAAUUGAAGUGCAUGCAGUAUCAGUUACUGAUGAUGAGCUGCUGUGUGGUAAUGAAGUCGCCAUGAGUAAGGACACGGGAAUCUCUGAUGCAGUACGCAGGAAACUACUUGUUGAGCCAGAGGGAAUUCCCAAUGAAUACAGUAUUAACAAGUACUUCUGUCCAAGCGAGUUGCAGGGUUCUUCAUACAUCGAGAAGUUUGGACUGUCUGUUCCACCAAAAGCUGUUGAAGAUUCGGUCAGAGGAGUGAUGACAUUGACAGGUGACAUGCUGGGACAGACCAUAAGCAAUCUGGAUAAUCUGCUGCAGAUACCAACAGGCUGUGGUGAACAAAACAUGCUGGGCUUUGUUCCUAAUAUUGUUGCCAUGCAGUACUUUACCAAGAGUGGUACACUGACAGAAGAUUUGCGAUUUAAAGCAGAGACUAACUUGAAGAAGGGCUACAUGCAGGAGCUCAACUAUCGGCACAAGGAUGGAUCUUACUCUGCAUUUGGUGAGAGUGAUGACUCCGGCAGUACAUGGUUAACGGCAUAUGUUGUACGCUCAUUUGCCCAGGCAGCCAAAUUCAUCCACAUUGAUCAGACUGAUUUAGAUGUUUCCCUGGACUGGUUGAAAGAGAGGCAGAAUGUACGAGGAUGCUUCAAUGCAGUAGGCAAACUGUGUCAUAAAGCCAUGGCUGGUGGGGUCAACAAUGAGAUCACAUUGACAGCCUACGUUGUGAUAUCCAUGUUGGAAGCGGGUGUGGCUCCUGAGGAACCGGUUAUUCAGGCAGCAACUGAGUGUCUAGAGAAUGCGGCUGAUAAUUUGGUUGAUACCUAUGCUACCGCUCAGCUUGCCUAUGCUUCAGCCUUGACUGGUCACAGAGAUACACCCAGUUUGAUGUCCACCUUAGAUGAGCUUGCUGUAGUUGAAGGUAAUCUGAGGCAUUGGGUAAGCAACAGGAAUGACUCAGCCGAGUUUUCCACGUACUACCGUGCGUCUCAGCAGGCCCAAGAGAUUGAGAUGACUGCCUAUGUACUCCUUGCAUCCAUUGAGUACAUGCCAAUUCAACAAGCUAGGGUAAAAGGCAGUCAAAUUGCACGCUGGCUCGUCAGUCAGCGAAGUAGCAACGGAGGAUUCUCAUCCACACAGGACACAGUUGUAGGCCUUCAAGCCCUUGCUGCUUAUGCUGGCCUCCUGAGCUCAGAUCCACUGAAGAUGAGGGUAGAGUUGAUGCAAAGUUCUAAGAAGCUGCAUCAGUUUGAACUCCUGGAGAAGAACAAACUAGUGAUGCAGGAGAGGGAACUGGGUGUGCCUAAUAAUUACAUCAUUAGGGCUAGAGGAAGAGGGUGUGGUCUGAUACAGUUCACAGUCCACUAUAACUUACUACCGAUUACUCCGCCAUUAGCACCCUUUACACUGACCAAGAGAUCUCAAAACCUGGACAAUAAGUGCAAACAAUUUUCAAUGAAUCUGUGCGCCAGUUACUCCGGACGCGAUGAGGCAAACAUGGUAUUAACUCAGGUCACAUUGAUGACUGGAUUCUCCCCUGAUCCAUCUUCCAUUGAGAAUCUGAGAGCUCAAUCAGCAGUCAGUAUAAUCAAACGAAUUGACACAGAGGGUAAAGUUGUCAGCUUCUACUUGGAACAGGGCCUUGACAGUGAGCCAGUUUGCUGGGACUUUGUGGCCACCCGUGACUUCGAUGUGAAGAAUGCCAAGCCAGGCAUAGUGAACAUUUUUGAUUACUAUGAGAAAGAUCUGGCUAUCUCUGAUUCCUUUGAGUUUGACUGUGACGUGAUGCCUGAACUAGAACCAGAUCUGAGAACCGAGGAACCCAUUGCUGGAGGCUCUGAUGGAGAACCAAUGCCAGUUGAUCCUGAUGCAAAACCAGAUCCAAUGCCAGUUGAUCCUGAUGCCAAACCAGAUCCAGUACCAGUUGAUCCAUUGGCAAAACCACAGCCAAUGCCAGUUGAUCCUGAUGCCAAGCCAGAGCCAAUGCCAGUUGAUCCUGAUGCCAAGCCAGAGACAAUGCCAGUUGAUCCUGAUGCCAAACCAGAACCAAUGCCAGUUGAUCCUGAUGCCAAUCCAGAACCAAUGCCAGUUGAUCCUGAUGCCAAACCAGAGCCUAUAACAGUUGAUCCCACUGGCCAACUAGAACCAAUGCCAGUUAAUCCUGAUGCCGAGCCAGAACCAAUGCCAGUUGAUCCUGAUUCAAAACCAGAUCCAAUGUCGGUUGAUCCUGAUGCAAAACCAGACCCAAUGCCAGUUGAUCCUGAUGCAAAACCAGACCCAGUGCCAGUUGAUCCUGAUGCAAAACCUGAGCCAAUGCCAGUUGAUCCUGAUGCAAAACCUGAGCCAAUGCCAGUUGAUCCUGAUGCAAAACCUGAGCCAAUGCCAGUUGAUCCUGAUGCAAAACCAGACCCAAUGCCAGUUGAUCCUGAUGCAAAACCAGAGCCAAUGCCAGUUGAUCCUGAUGCAGAACCUGAACCAGAGCCAGUUGAUCCUGAUGCCAAGCCAGACCCAAUGCCAGUUGAUCCUGAUGCCAAGUCAGACCCAAUGCCAGUUGAUCCAGAUGCAAAGCCAGAUCCAGAGCCAGUUGAUCCAGAUGCAAAACCAGAACCAGAGCCAGUAGAUCCAGAUGCCAAGCCAGACCCAAUGCCAGUUGAUCCAGAUGCCAAACCAGAUCAAAUGCCAGUUGAUCCUGAUGCCAAACCACAGCCAAUGCCAGUUGAUCCUGAUGCCAAACCAGAUCCAAUGCCAGUUGAUCCUGAUGCAAAACCAGAUCCAAUGCCAGUUGAUCCAGUGGCAAAACCAGAUCCAAUGCCAGUUGAUCCUGAUGCCAAACCAGAUCCAAUGCCAGUUGAUCCAGUGGCAAAACCAGAUCCAAUGCCAGUUGAUCCAGACGCUAAGCCAGAGCCUAUGCCAGUUGAUCCUGAUGCCAAACCUGAGCCAAUGCCAGUUGAUCCCACUGGCCAACGAGAGCCAAUGCCAGUUGAUCCUGAUGUCAAACCAGACCCAGAGCCAGUUGAACCAGAUGUUAAACCAGAUCCAAUGCCAGUUGAUCCUGAUGCAAAACCAGAUCCAAUGCCAGUUGAUCCUGAUGCAAAACCAGAGCCAAUGCCAGUUGAUCCUGAUGCCAAGCCAGACCCAAUGCCAGUUGAUCCUGAUGCAAAACCAGAGCCUAUGCCAGUUGAUCCUGAUGCCAAACCAGACCCAAUGCCAGUUGAUCCUGAUGCCAAGCCAGACCCAAUGCCAGUUGAACCAGAUGUUAAACCAGAGCCAAUGCCAGUUGAUCCUGAUGCCAAGCCAGAGCCAGUUGAUCCAGACACUAAGCCAGAGCCUAUGCCAGUUGAUCCUGAUGCCAAACCAGAGCCUAUGCCAGUUGAUCCCUUUGGCCAACCAGAUCCAAUGCCAGUUGAUCCUGAUGUCAAACCAGACCCAGAGCCAGUUGAUCCUGAUGCCAAGCCAGACCCAAUGCCAGUUGAUCCUGAUGCCAAGCCAGACCCAAUGCCAGUUGAACCAGAUGUUAAGCCAGAGCCUAUGCCAGUUGAUCCUGAUGCCAAACCUGAGCCAAUGCCAGUUAAUCACACUGGCCAUCCAGAACCAAUGCCAGUUGAUACAAGUCAUCAUUUAGAUGGUAUUCCCCCUCGUCAAGUAGUUGAAACAACUGUAACAUUCCAAACAACUGAACCCAGCAUAGCUACCACAAGGCCCCCAACUACUACUGCUAUAAUUGCAGAUACAUAUUGCAUGUUAUUCCCAUCUGUCUGUGGUGAUGGAAUCUGUAUCGAUAGUGAAACUGACGACUCGUUUUAUCAAUGUGAAUGCUAUGAUGGAUUUGUCUUCUCAGAAGAAAUAGGACUUUGUGUUGUUUCUAUGCCGACAACUACUGUGAGUCCUACAACAGUGCCUACAGUUUCUAUGCCGACAACUACUACAGUUCCUACAACAGUACCUGCAGAUUCAUAUUGCAUGAUACUGCCAUCAGUGUGUGGCGAUGGUGUCUGCGUUGAUGUUGAAAAUGGUGAUGCAUUGUAUCAAUGUGUCUGCUUUGACGGAUUUGUCUUCUCAGAAGAAAUAGGUCUUUGUGUUGAUAUUGAUGAGUGCAGUGAGGGUUUAUGCAACGGUGUGAACAAAGUUUGUACCAACUCAGUUGGAUCCUAUGAGUGCUACUGUGAAGUGGGUUAUGAAGAAGACAUAAAUGGAAACUGCACAGAUUUGGACGAAUGUUCCUUUGAGGAUAUCUGUCUUAGCGGAAACAGCUCCAAUAAAGUGUGUAUGAAUGUUCCUGGGACCUACGAAUGCAACUGCAUGGAGGGUUUCCAGGAAGAUACAAACGGAGACUGCUUUGAAUGCCCAAAGUGUGCCGGUGAACUGCCAAGUGGAUUUGAAGAGAAUAUAUGUGAAGCAGACUACAUUUUUGGCACGAAGCGUAGAGAUGAUGGAUUACUGCGUAUUCUGAUUGAGUUGACUGAAGUAGAGAGGAAGGUUGGAGAUGCUCGCUACAUCCAACCAGUUAUAGACAGCCGCUGCACCUGUGAAGAACUCCAAUAUGGAGACCGCCUGUUGGUCUUGACAAGACUGGACAAGGUUGAUAUACAACAAUUGAAGAAGAAGACAAUUGAGACAGUGGACCUAAGAGGGGCCUACAUUAUAGACUUGCAGCCCAGCACCAAACAGCUGGUUAGAACAGCUCGAGCAGAAUGCUCUGCAAAAUAAGCAUUCUAAUGAAAGUCUCCAACAUUGAUGAUCUAGAACAGUUUAUUGGGAAUUCAUUUGAAUUGUUGUAAUGGGAAGUUUAUCAAAGUCUGCCAUGGUUUAUAAAGGAAAGCUUAAGCAAAUCCUCUCCCCUUGAAGUCCAAUUUUGAUCUUGUUUUUCAUUUGGACUACGCCAAGCUAAAGAUAGUGGAUUUUAAAAUGGAAAAUGCUUUCAUGAACCCCUUCUCUCUUCUUGAUACCUCCUGGAAAUUACAAUAAAUAAAGACA